AUGUCUUCGAUGCCUCAGGGAGACCAAAUAUCAAAGAAGAAGAAAAAGUUCAAAAAGAAAGCCAACUCUGCGCAGGCCGCAACAUCAGACACCCCUACAACGCCCGUCGAGCCUCAAAAGGGUGCCGAUACGCCAGAUGCGAAAGAUGGAGCAGAAAGCGACGGCUCAGAACCUGAAGACGAGUCCACGUCACCUGUCGAGACCGAGACGGAAACACCGAAGGAGUUAAAUCCAUCGAAAUUGUCCAACGGGGUCACCAAUGCUCCCACCAACAGCAAUGAUGCUACAGCACGCUUCGACGCACUUGUCAAAGACCGUGAGGCCCUCCGCCUCGAAGUGACUCAACUGCGUCAAUCGCUAGAGGAAAUACAGUCUAAACAUACGGCCGAGGUUGAAGCAUUGCGAGGAGAGCUCACAGAUACACAGACGGAAAAGGAAAACGCAGAGGAACAAUAUCAAUCCCUGCUGGGGAGGGUGAAUACUAUUCGCUCGCAGUUAGGGGAGCGAUUGAAGGCCGACGCGGAAGACCUAGCUCAAGCGAGAACGCGGAUCGAAGAACUGGAAGAACAGAAAUCAGAGCUACAAGAACGCUACGUUGCGCGCUCUGCCGAAGUCGAGGAGCUGAACGCCAAGAAUCAAGAGCUCACUGCAAAGUCAGUGGAGCAGUCAAAAGAGCUAUCCAGUCUUCGGAACCGAAUGACCCUUUCGCAACAAAAUUGGCUGAAGGAAAAAGAAGAACUUGUCGACCAAGAAGCAUAUAUCCGCGAGGAAUUCGAGAAUGCGAAACAGGCCAUGCAUGAUUGGGAAGUUUUGGCAAUGGAAGAGAGAACCAUUCGAAGAGACUUGACCGAUCGAAAUGCCGAUCUGGAAGAACAGGUUUCAAGUUUGAAAGAAGCUUAUGAAAAAGCAGCGAGCGAGCGGGAUAGUCAGUCGAGCACCGUGGACGGAUUGCAGAAAGCUCUACAGGAAAUCCAAACCGUCAGGAAACAAGAACUGAAGGAACUGGUCGAGACAAACCACAGUGAGCAAGAAGCACUGCGAAAACAGUUGCAAGAUCUUCAAUCCAAUCACGAGUCCACGGUAUCGGAGUUGGAGCAAACAAAGAAAGAAUUGGAACGGGCGCUCCCAUUCGAGAAGGAGGUCAAAGAAAAGAACCUCUUGAUUGGCAAGUUGCGGCACGAAGCCGUGAUUCUGAAUGAUCAUUUGACCAAAGCAUUGCGAUUCCUCAAGAAAGGGAAACCAGAGGAUAAUGUUGACAGACACAUCGUGACAAACCACUUUCUUCAUUUCCUAGCCCUCGAUCGUUCCGACCCCAAGAAAUUCCAAGUCCUCCAGCUCAUUGCAGCCCUACUAGGAUGGACGGACGAACAACGCGAACAAGCCGGCCUCGCUCGACCUGGCACCGGAAGUUCAACCUCGAAUAAUUCUCUCCGACUUCCGGGAUCACCACUUGUUCACCGCACACCCAGUACCCCCGCCUUACACCACAAUGAGUUCUUUGGAGCCGACAGCGCCGCAAGUCCAACCAGCAGGGAAACGUUGGCUGAGCUGUGGCAGAACUUCUUGGAGCAGGAAGCGGGAGCGAAUGUGACGACGAGAUCGGGUAAAUCCAGGCAAGGAAGUCAAAGUACUAUCCCCCCAACCCCGAAAUGA